AAAAUCUUCCUACAGUUAUAAGAUUCCUUUUAAAUAUACCGUCAUAUUGAUUUUAAUAAGUACCGAAAACACGAGAGAGAGAGAGAGAGAGAAUGCUUAUGAGGAGCUCAUCUGCUCCGAUACUUGACUCCUGGCUUCCUCAUCACCAGUGCUUUACCUCUCGAGAGCCGUCAUCUCCGGAAGCAGAGUCUCAGCUUCACAAAAGGACCAAAUCAUCAGUGUCUAUGUACACAUCGAACUUCAUGGAUGACAACACUCGAAAGCUCAUUCACUAUGAACUCAACGUCCACAGAGACAGGACCAAGCCCAGAAACACCGCCACCAUCUUAAGAACUACCCCACGUAUGAGCAAACCCAUAUCAGAAGACGAAGAUUCUGAAGAAGAAGAAGAGCCUCGGGUGAAAACGUCAACGUUUUCGGUGGAGAGGUUGCUUUCGAAUUCAGGGUUGGGAGAGAAGGUGGUGGAGGAAGACAGCAUUGAGGACGGUGGCAGUGGUGGUGGAGGGAUGGGGAGAGAUGACGGCGGCGGAAACACCACUAACGGUAGAGACGGCGGAGGAGGAGAGUUCUUCGAGAGCGAAGCGUAUUACCGGGUAAUGAUAGAGAUGAACCCUGGAAACUCCCUUUUCCUUGGCAACUACGCUAAGUUCUUGAAAGAGGUAAAGGGAGAAAUGAAGAAGGCGGAGGAGUAUUGCGAGAGAGCAAUCUUAGCGAAUCCGGAGGACGGAAACAUUCUCUCGCUUUACGCUGAUCUCAUUUGGCGAACCCGCAAAGAUGGCCGGAGGGCUCGUAGUUACUUCGACCAAGCCGUUAAAUCCGCUCCUCAUGAUUGUUACGUGCAAGCUUCGUACGCUAGGUUUCUAUGGGAAGUCGAAGAUGAGGAAGACGACGACGAUGAAACCGUCGUCGUACAAAAUGAUGAGAACGCGCCUCAAGAAAUCCACCAUUUCCCUCCUAACUUCUUCCAUCCUCAACACCCUCCCAUUACCGCAGCAUCCUAAACCCUAAUAUACAUAUAUAUAUAUAUAUAUAUAUAUGUAUAUAUAUAUAUGAAUA